GGGCAGGUGUAGAGAAAUGUACCCAGGGACCCAGUAUGUCGAUGGACGUGGAGAUUGUGGGCAUCGUCCUGGGAGUCAUAGGAUUAAUCACCACCAUUGUAGUGUGUGCACUCCCCACCUGGAUGGAGACAACCUUCACAGCAGCUAACUUUGUCACCACGGAGGUGGUCUGGGACGGCCUGUGGAUAAGCUGUGUGAAAAGGAGCACGAGCCACAUUCAGUGUGAGGUCUACGACUCCAUGCCAAGCUCCGCAUGGAGCUCCAACCUGCAGGCCACCAGAGCCAUGACCAUCAUGGCUAUUAUCCUGGGGUUUCUGGGAGUCAUGGUCUCCAUGGUCGGGCACAAGACCACCAACUACAUUAAGGGCAAGAUAUACAAGUUGAUCAUUAUAACAGGAAUAUUCUUCAUCCUGGCCGGAUUUCUCAUCCUCAUUCCUGUCUCCUGGAAGGCCAGGGAAAUCCUCAGCGACUCCUCCAAUAAGUUGACUAGAGAGAAGAGGGAACUGGGGGAGCGCUCUACUUCGGCUGGGGGCUGCAGCCUUUCUCCUGAUUGGAGGGGCCAUACUUAG